AUGGCUUUGUGGAAUAGCGUACAGUCGGGCUUUAACGUCGAUGAUGAGACUGUCAAUUUUGGACCACGAAUAAUCACGGAAAGCAAUGGUUCUCUGCACGAGGCAUGCACUGUAGCAACGAUUCAAUCGCUUGAAAAGGUGGACCAACAACCAAAUGUCAUAGCAUCUAUUCAAUAUUCCAAGAUAUGUGUAGCAAUUGACAAGUCUAUUACAGUCUUUAACGAUGAAACAUGCGAUGAAAUAUUAUAUAAUAUUAGCUUUCCCUCCAUGAUAGUCAGUUACUGCAUUUCCAAGGAUGAAGGUAUCGCUACUAACAAUGAGACCGGUAUUAUCGAUACUUUUAGAAUAAAAACGAUAUUGAAAAGUAUUCCCGAAAUACGUUUAGCGAAACUAUUAAAGAAAAGACAAUUUGAUGCAGCUGAAGCUUUUGCAGAAAAAUUCAAUCUUUCAAUGGAAUCUAUUUAUUAUUCUAAAGCAGCAUUGUUCGUAGAACAGCUUAGUCCAUGGACAAAAUCUACUCCUAAUUCAGUCAACGUAGAUACAUUGAUAAAUAUUCUAAAUAAAAUACAAAAUGUGCAAUAUGUGAUUGAAUGUUGCAAUAAAGCUCUCAUUUCUGAUUAUAUACAAAUGAGACGUAUAUAUUUAUAUGCUCGAGAAAGAAUAAUGCAAAAUAUUAAGAUAAAAAAUAUAGAUGAUUCGUUGAAUACCAGUCUAUCUAUAAUAAACGACGCUUUAUAUAGACUUGAGACUUUUCACAUGAUUCAAGAUACCGAGGCAGAUACGCUAUUGAAUGAUGACGCAAGUAUGAAAGAAUGGAUACAAUUUUCACAAGCAAAUUUAUUGGAAGAGUGUACUACUCGUUUAAACAUGGGUCAACUUAAAUCUGCUACAUUAAUUUGGACGAGGCACCUUCCUGAUCUUGUAAAACAUAUAUCUAUACAAACUGUACAAAAUAUUUUUACAAUUUUACCUGAAGAUGUGGAUCUAUCAUGUUUAUGGCUUUGGCUUAUUCAUUUUAUACCAACUUUAUUAUCCUUAUUGCCUGAUGCAAUAAAUGAGAUUAUGUCUUGGAGUUUAAAAAAAUUAAAAUAUCUUGAGAUAUUUCAUCAUACUGUAUGGCCAGAAAUCGGCAUUGAAUUUGCUAAAAAGUUUAUGAAAUUGCUCAAAUUUGAAGAUAAUCAGUUGGUAUACUUUCAUCAAGAGUACAGAUAUCAGAACUCUCUAUUGAAACAGUUUAUGGUUCUGUUUCAAGCUUUAACUGACAUUCAACAACUGAAGAUUGUUCACAGAUUGAAAGUACCUGUUGACCUGUAUAUUGAUUCACCCGUAGAAGCAAUUUAUAUGUUGUUGGAUAAAAUACAUCUUGACCAAAUAUCGAAUUUUAUAAAUACGUUCCUAAAACAAUAUAUAUUUAAUAAUAAUUUACAAAAUGAUACUGUCUUUUGUACGUAUAUUCAGAAAACCAUAAAAAAUUCGUAUAGUUGGUGGUUUAAUGAAGAAGCUACAUGGGAGAAAAGAGUUGCUAUUAUAAUAAGCCUUAUACAUAAUAUAGAGAAACGACUGGAGCAAACUUUAAUAGUUUUAAGAAAAGCUCCAGUGCCCUGGAGUUCAACUAUAGCUACUUUAGCAGAAACUGGCAUUAAUUAUGACCAUAGUUUGUCAUUUAAAAUUAAAAUUGAGUGCGAUUAUGUUCCAACAAAACUUAUUUUAAAGAAAUAUGGAUAUGCGACAAUUGGUAGAUUGAUAUCACGCAUAAUAAAAGAAAAUUACGAUUCUAUGAUUAAUGAUAUAGAUGUAUUAACUAAAGAUAAUCAACAGUUAAAACAAGAUGCAUUUUGUCAGUGCAUAAACGCUCGAUUAAAUGAAAACUUUCUCUUUUCAAAUAUUAAGGAGAAUGAUUGGUCAGUAAUGCAUAAGACAAUUAUUAAAGUUGCCGAGUUGCUGGGAUUAGAAAAGUCAUAUGCAACUUUAUCUAUGUUAGAACAGAUGAAAAACUUAACAAAUUUAAAUGAACUAGAACAUCUCAUUGAUGAUGAUGAUUUAUGCUCAAAUAUAAUGUCCAAAAAAUUUGAGAAUAUACUAAAGAUAUGCUUAUUAAUAUUGCAACAUUCUACUGUAGACACCAACGUUGUAAAAGUUGAAGAAAUGGAUCAACUAUUAUCUAAUUUCUUGGAGAAUACAAAGAAGAUGCAACCUCAACACAACGAUUAUUCUUUACUGCAAAUUUUUAAAACAUUUUAUUUCAUGUACUAUGGCACGUCUAUAAGAAAUGAAGAGAGAUUAACAGAAAUGAAAUGUAUAUUAUCACAGCUUUUGAUAAAUUUAUUGAGAAAGUUGUGCACUGGGCGAUCGUUCGAUUUGCAGUUGGGACUGUCGGCUCUCUUUAUGUUAUCUGAACAAGAAGCAUGCGAUUGGCUUCAUACAAUUUCCGCCUCAUUUCAGGCUGACCAUAUUCGGCAUUGUACAAUCUCAACUUUGGGAUAUGAAUAUUCGCGCUUGGGGCAAAAUCGAUCAUUGAUACAGACAUUUGAGAAUCACAAGCUACUGCAUAUUUGGGCACAACGACUGUCGGAUUAUUCGAUAAAUCCUAAAGAGGUUUUAAUGAAUAGUGCUUUAAACAAAAAAGAACUUUUACAGCAGAUCAUAAGCAGUAAUAAAGAGAACAUGAUUUCCUUACUAAAGGAUUAUUGUUGUAGCUUUGGAUUUAAUUUCAAUGAUUGCCUUUUACUUUAUUUACAAGUAUUACUAAAAACGUGGAAUCCAACACUAACCAUUUCGAAUAUAAACGUAAAUAAAGAGUUACUCAUCUGUAAAGAGGAAGUCGAUGAAUUAAGAAAGAAAUGUAAUGCAAUUGUUGCGCAAAUGCAAGAUAUAUCUAUGUUGAAGCAAUGCAUGUCUACAUUAUGGCAACAUAUUACAUUUUACCAUUAUGAAGUAUUCAUUAUAUUAAUGGAUCUCAUAGAAGAUAAAGAUAUAGAAAAGAGGAAUUAUCUCUGCUUUUUGCAAAAUUACACUCGGAGUGGGCCUCCUACAUCAAUGGAACAUAAUGAAUGGAUACAGCUUAAUCCUGGACAUAGUACGUUGCCGGCAAUAGCACAAUGGAGACUUCCAUUCUUACUUAAAGUUGAUAUUUGGAAAAUUAUUACUCCCGAGUUAAAUUUAAAAACAUAUGACAAAUGGCUUGACAUCGCACCCGUACUUAAUUUAGAAGCACAUCUCAUAUGCUCGUUAGCUAUUAAGGGUGAAAUGGAAAAAGUAUGGGCAAAUAAUUCUAUUACAUCGAAAAAUACUACAUGGUCGCUUUAUUCAAAAAACACCACGUUGCUGAAAGAUAGCAAGAAAUGUAUACAACAGCUGACAGACUCAGAUGGAUUCUAUUAUGGUACUGCAGCAUUGUAUUAUAUCGUAAAUUAUACACCUCCGGGUGCUGAUCGCGUCGCUGCCGCGAAAGAAUGUUACGAGUAUGCUCAGCUAGCUGCACAAAAUUCUACUAAGUUCAAAGAAGGAAAAGAGUUAGAAGUACGAUUGGAAAAGGAUGAGUAUCUUGCUCUAAUCGAGUAUCCAUAUAAGCUAGUGUAUGCGUUGUAUAAUGACAAAAGUAUACCAUUACGAUAUCGAACCGCAACCAAAUAUAAACCAGAUAUUAACGCUGCCGUUAACGAGUUGGGUAAAUUGUUCUCGUUGAAUACGAUAAAAUUGCGUAUGGAUUUAUUAGAAGAAUGGCUACAAUCCAAUGCCAAAUAUACUGAAUUGUCUCAAAGUUUUACAGAAACGUUUAUAGUGUCAAAAGAAUCUGAUCAGAAUACAGAUUGUGAAGAUAAUUUACUUAGGAUAUGUUAUAUACUGGAAUAUGGAGAUAUGGAUUUGUUUGCACAAUUUCUUAUAAACAUAGGCUUUGGCAAUCGUCAUGGCGAUACUGAAUAUAGUUACAACGUACGAUAUCGAGUAUUUCAAAUACUGCAGACUGUCGUAGAUAUUCCUACGUUGGAGAAAUUGACUAAGCAAGAUAUAUGUACUUUUAGAAAAUAUAUGAAAUCAUUACAGUACAUUGGGAAAUUGGAAUCGUUAGGAUUAUGUUACAGUAUUGAUUCAUUUGAAACAUGUUGUAAACGCGAGCUUGUUCAAAUCUUAUGGAGUAGUCAGCGUCACGUAUCCUAUGCUCUCUCUGUUAUAGCACAGAUUUGCAUCGAGUUUGAAAUCAAUGAUAUCCUAUUUUGGGAUGAUACUUUGACUCAGAUGAGGAAAUUGCGAAUGAUAAGUGACUUAAAAAAAGUUUUAUUACAAUUACGAGAUAAAAAUGUCAUUGUAAAUUGUAAUGGUUAUAAAACGGGAUGGCAAUUGAUUAUCUCUGAACCGUUUAGCAAGAUGGACAUAAAUCCAAAUUUGGAGCAAAUUGAUAAUUGUAUAGAAGCGGUUUGUCUGCUAUAUUCAUGUCCUGUGACACACGAAUUGGACUUCACCGCAAUCGUGAGAGAUUGUUUUCAAAGUCAACAGGCGCACUUAGCUGCCGCACUUUUACCAUUUUUAAAUGAUGUUGAAAAUAAAUUCGUUUUAGAGACCAUUAAUCAAAAAUGUCAAAUUGAAAAACUCAUAGAAGAUUUAAAUCAUUUAUCUUCAAGAGGAGUACUCACGAUUACACAUAGUCUCGCUAUGGUACAAAAAUCUAUACCAUAA